GGAGUGCGCUGACGGGCGCUGCUCCGCAUUGCAUGACAGCUCCUUCCCCCGGCGCGCAGCCCCCGCCGUGAGGCUCUCCCGCCUGUGCAGCCCGUACCGGGGCAGAGACGCCCCCUCCCCGGUUUCUUGCCGGGUCUUUUCCUCACCUUAUCCCUUCCCCAGCCACCCCUGCCCGUGACCUUGCCAUCGGGCAGCUCCAGAGUAAGAGCAAAGGCUUACUAACAGUGGUAACAGUGCUGGAUCGGGGAGCUACCUUGGGAUGAAUUAGCCAGGGAAUCACGGAGAAAUAUCUCUCCUAGGAAGGAGAGAGGAAACCCCCUCCCACUCGCAGGGGGGAGAAAGAAAGGAGAAAGAAAAAGAGGAUUUAAAGAGCAUCUUUAUCCCCUUUGUUGAAUGAGAAGGACAGAGGAGGACCAGCAAGAUGAGCACUAGCAACAGUUCUGCCCUGCGCGGUCCUGCUCCGUGGGGCUGGGGGGGCAGGAGGUGACCCUCCUCAUGUCACCGCUCUCCUGUCUGCCUCGGUGCCGUCUGCAUCACCUCCGCGUCCUCAGAGGAUGAAGAAGGUGGAGCAAGUUCCCUAUCAGCAAAACCCGUAUACCCCUGGGAGCAGCUCCACUGUUAUCCAGUGCUAUCGCUGCGGAGACACGUGCAAGGGGGAGGUGGUACGCGUCCAGAGCAAUCACUUCCACAUCAGGUGCUUCACCUGCCAAGUGUGUGGCUGCGACCUGGCCCAGUCGGGCUUCUUCUUUAAGAACCAGGAGUACAUCUGCACCCAUGACUACCAGCAGCUCUAUGGGACCCGCUGUGACAGCUGUGGGGACUUCAUCACCGGGGAGGUCAUCUCUGCCCUGGGAAGGACGUACCACCCCAAGUGCUUCGUAUGCAGCACGUGCAGGAAGCCAUUCCCCAUAGGAGACAAAGUCACAUUCAGUGGGAAGGACUGCGUCUGCCAAAACUGCUCCCAUUCUCUGAUCAGCACCAAACCUAUCAAGAUCCACGGGCCCAGCCACUGCGCAGGCUGCAAGGAGGAGAUCAAGCAAGGACAGUCUCUCCUGGCCCUGGAGAAGCAGUGGCACGUCAGCUGCUUCAAGUGCCAAACGUGUGGGAUCAUCCUCACCGGAGAGUACAUCAGCAAGGAUGGUGUCCCAUACUGCGAGUCCGACUACCAUGCCCAGUUCGGCAUUAAGUGCGAGACCUGUGACCGGUACAUCAGCGGCAGGGUCCUGGAGGCAGGAGGGAAGCACUACCACCCCACCUGCGCCCGGUGCGUCCGCUGCCACCAGAUGUUCACGGAAGGAGAGGAGAUGUACCUUACAGGCUCUGAAGUGUGGCAUCCAAUCUGCAAGCAGGCAGCGAGAGCAGAGAAGAAACUGAAGCACAGAAGAACAUCAGAAACCUCCAUCUCCCCCCCUGGCUCCAGCAUCGGCUCCCCAAACCGAGUCAUCUGCGCUAAAGUGGAUAAUGAGAUCCUUAAUUACAAAGACCUGGCAGCUCUUCCCAAGAUUAAAGCCAUCUAUGAAGUGCAGCGUCCUGACCUCAUUUCGUAUGAGCCCUAUCACAGAUACACAUCGGAUGAAACGCUGGAGAGAUAUAGCUAUGGGGAGUCCCUGGGAGCCCUGUCCCCUUACUCGCAGGACAUCUACGAAAGCAUUGACAUCCGGCAGAGGCGAGCCUCCAGCCCUGGCUACAUCGACUCUCCUACCUACAGUCGCCAGGGCAUGUCGCCCACCAUCCCAAGAUCCCCGCACCAUUUCUACCGCUCAGGCACAGAAAGCGGGCGCAGCUCCCCCUACUAUAGCCAGUUAGAUGUGAGGUCAUCUACUCCAACCUCAUACCAAGCGCCCAAGCAUUUCCACAUUCCAGCUGCCGGCGAGAGUAACAUCUACCGGAAGCCCCCCAUCUAUAAACGACACGCCACAAAAAGCAAAACCAGCGAAGACAUCGCACAGUCAUCCAAGUACAGCCCUGUCUACUCCCCGGACCCCUACUACCACUCGGAGUCAGAGUACUGGUCCUUUCAAGGGUCCCCCAAAGCGCCUCGGGCCCGGAGGUUCUCAUCAGGAGGCGAGGAGGACGGGUACGAGCGGGGGAUGCACAAGAUCCAGAGCGGCAUCGGCAGGCUGAUCCUGAGGGAGGAGAUGAAGGCCCGGUCCAACUCUUACACAGACCCCUGGACGCCUCCUCGCAGCUCAGCCAGCAGCAGGGAAGCCCUUCAUACGGCUGGCUACGAGGGCUCCCUGAACGGCUCUCCCCGGACACACUACCUGGCUGACAGUGAUCCCCUCAUUUCUAAGUCGGCCUCCCUCCCUGCCUACAGGAGGAACGGGCUGCACAGGCCUCCCAGUGCUGAGCUUUUCCACUACGACAGCACGAAUGCCGUCAACUGGGGGAUGCGAGAGUACAAGAUAUACCCCUAUGAGCUGCUCCUGGUAAAGACAAGAGGAAGGAACCAGCUACCCAAAGAUGUGGACAGGACUCGGUUAGAGCGCCACCUCUCCCAGGAGGAGUUCUACCAGAUCUUCGGCAUGACCAUCGCUGAAUUUGACCGCCUGGCCCUGUGGAAGAGGAACGAGCUGAAGAAGCAGGCCCGGCUGUUUUAAAUGCAGUGCACUAUAAAUAUAUACAUACCUAUAAAUAUAUACAUAGAAAGAUCUCUAUAUUGCAGCUCUGUAUGAUUCUCAAUGCUGGAUGUGACAGGGGCGCCCUCUGUACCCCUGAGAGUGAAUUGGAGUGUCACAGAUAAUUUUAUGCUCUUUGAAUCUUUUUCUUUCUCACCCCAAAACACC